CACUCCAACACCCAACUCUCCAUAGAACCUCAUAGAAGCUCACAACCACCACCUACUUGUCAAUACCCAUCCUCCACCACUGCCACCACUACCGCCCUAUCACCACUACCACCGCAUCCCGCGAUAUCGCCCAUCGCACGAUCACUAUGGACGACUACGACCAGAUUUACGGCAAUGACCGUGGUCCUCAAAUCACAAUCAAAGAAGCGGACUCCCGACAUGCGCAGAUCGCGCUCUCGAACUGUGAUCUUGCCUUCGCAAACUCAUGGCGCCGAGUCAUGAUGGCCGAGGUGCCAACGAUCGCAAUCGACCUAGUGGAAAUCGACACCAACACCUCCGUGAUCCCGGACGAAUUCCUCUCGCACAGGCUCGGACUGAUCCCGCUGGACAGCACGAACAUCGACGACAAGCUCAUCUACAGUCGCGACUGUUCAUGCGACCAAUACUGCGAGCGAUGUUCCGUGACCCUCACCCUGAACGCGCGGUGCACCUCCGACUCGCCCAUGACCGUGUACGCGCGGGACCUGGCGGUCGCGGAAGGAGCGCAGCUGGGCUCGCCGGUUAUCAAUGAUCCCGAGGGCCAGGGAGCAAUCAUCGCCAAGCUCAGAAAGAACCAGGAGCUGAAGUUGAAGUGCAUUGCGAAGAAGGGCAUCAGCAAGGAACAUGCCAAGUGGUCGCCGGUGGCUGCCCUUGGCUUCGAGUACGAUCCACACAACAGGCUGAAGCAUCUUGACUACUGGUACGAGAUAGACGCGAAGGACGAAUGGCCGAAAUCCAAGUUUGCCUCGUGGGAGGAUCCCCCGCUCGAGGGUGAACCAUUCAACUACGACGCUGUGCCCACCCGCUUUUUCAUGGACAUCGAGAGUGUCGGUUCCAUGCCACCGGAUGAGAUCAUGCAACAGGGAAUCAAGUACCUACAGGAGAAGCUGGCGGCUGUCAUCAAGACCUUCCGUGAGGAGGGUGACGACGGUGUGAGGAGUCCCGGACAGGAUUACGCUAUGGGCGGCAUGGGUGGUGGAUACGAGACGCCCUACGGUGCCGGUGCGGCUUUGGGCGAUAGUAGGACGCCGUAUGGUGCGGGUGCUGGUGGCUUUGGUCAGGGCACGCCAUAUGGUGCUGGCAAUGGCUGGUCGUAGUGGUGGCUGUUGAUUGUUCUGUUGCCUCUAUUUACUUGACGAUGAUAGGGAACUUUAGAAUUGAACAUUUUCAACAUUAGCAAG